AUGACUAAAGUUGAGCUGAAAGUUUCUACUACCGAGGCCAAAUUGUUGGAGCUUGAGAAGAACUGUGCCACCCUAACUACUAAAGUGGAAGACCAGACGUUGACAUUGACAAAAAUUGUGCAGAGAGAGAACUCAAUUCACAUACAAGUGUUUAACUUGACGGAGGUGAAGGCAUUCUCGGAUGACCUGGGGAAAUCCUUCAAGAAGGGAUGGGAUGAGGCUCGUCAGUCAGUUGGGGUAAAUGUUGAAUCAGUGCUAUUUGUACACUACCUUUCCCCGCUCUUCCUAUUCAUCCUCGAGACCCUAUACUUCCUGAUAUCCCGCUUGGUUAACAAAACCCUUCAUCAAUUGGGGAGUUUGGGGAACUUGAGGAUCUAUUCGGCAAUCAUGACGAUGGCACGAAUGGAGAGGGCAAUCUGGAGGCAAGGUGACGUAGAGGUGCUUAGAAUGGCGACAACCAAGAAGGUGGUGCCGAGAAUUGAAACUUUUGUGACCCUAGUGAAGAUGUUUUCUUUAACGCUCACUUUCAACUCUUAA